AUGAAUUCCGAGUCGACUACACCGUCGAAUGUCCCCUUCCUUGCCUUAUGGAAUCAUUUCAAAGAUGAAUUACUGGCGUCUGAUGCUGAUUCCUUUGAAGAUCUUAAACGAGAAAGGGUGAUCAAUUUCUUUGGAAUCCCUUGGGCUAUUGAAAAGGUUUGUCAAGCCACUGCUUAUGGUGUUUGGGUUUUUCAUCUGCAUGGACUCAUUCUUAUAUACUUUUACAAUCCUUCCUUUGCGUCUACACUUGGUGAUAAAAAAUCCGUACCUAAUACUGAGCGAUUCCAACUCUCCCUUUUUUUAACUGUCAUUACAGCACGCAACCUGAUUGAGCUUUCUGGUUCUCCAAUAUCUCCCUUUUCUAUUUUACCAACAUCUUUCAUUCCUUUAUUUCCCGCAAUGACAACUAUCGAAACACUUCUGACUCCAGUGAUCAUAGUAUUUGCAUCUGAAUUAUUAGUCGACUGGCUAAAGCAUGCCUUCAUCACUAAAUUCAAUCAAAUCAGACCAAGCAUUUAUGAUCGUUAUAUCGACAUACUCUCCAGAGAUUUAGUAGUUGGAAAUGAGCAGAAAUCUGAAAAUCAAAAAAAAUUUACUGAUCCAUCUUUGAUGGUCUCACGCCGAAUCGGUUUCGCUGCACUCCCACUUGCAUGCUUAACGAUUCGAGUUUCAUCACAAACUAUGACGAUGAUUUCGGAUUCAAUCCAGGAGAUGGAUUCUGAAGAACAAUCAAAUUUUCCUUUUACAAUUGUUUUCACACAACCUAGUGGCGUAUGGAUCUUUUGUGGCUUUGCCGCAUUUGUGAUAUUAACUUUCAUAAAAUUAUUAGUUGGAAUUAAUAUUCUUGGGUUUGCCAACCGACGAUAUGCGAGCAUGGAACGUCGUGAAGCCGAAGAACUAGCUAGAGCAGAAGAAUUAGAUGCUAAAGUAGCAAAAGAAAAGGAGAAUCAAUUAAACAAUGAAAUUACUGACGACCCUAGAGAUAAUGUUUUAGACCAAGAAAUGGAAUUCCUCAUAGGCAUAACGGGAAAAGACUUCGUGCUUACCGCUGCGGAUACUUCAGCAGCACGAUCGAUUACCGUCAUGAAGUCUACAGAGGAUAAGUCCCGCGAUCUCAACAAGCAUAAUAUCAUGUUGUACUCUGGUGAAUCGGGGGAUACUGUCAAUUUUGCAGAAUAUAUCCAGAGAAACGUUAGACUAUAUGGAAUUAGAAAUGGUAUCGAAUUAACACCCAAGGCUGCCGCUACUUUUACAAGAAAAGAAUUGGCAACAAGUUUGAGAAGUCGGCAUCCCUAUACAGUUUUCCUUCUCAUUGCUGGAUAUGAUAUAACGACAUCCAGGCCUCAUUUGUAUUGGAUCGAUUAUCUCGGCUCUUCUGCCGAAGUACCCUUUGCUGCUCAUGGAUAUGGUGCUUAUUAUUGCAUGUCGAUUUUGGAUAGAUAUCACCAUCCAGAUCUUACCCUCGAUGAAGCAAAAGUUCUAAUCAAAAAAUGCAUAGACGAACUAAAAAGUCGAUUCGUUAUCAAUCUCUUAGACUUCAAGAUUAAAGUUACAAAUCAAGAUGGAAUUCGAGAGAUUACAAUCUGA